AAAGACCCGCGAGGCCGUGCGGUCAUUGCAGCGGUUGGCCGCAGGGAUGGCUACCGCAGCACCCCGUAUUGGUGACACCAAAGUCGCCAUGUCUCUGCUUGAGAAGGACGCAUACAUCAACUACCAGCGCAUUGAGGACAAUCUCGUUGUUAUUCGUGAGAGGUUGCGUCGUCCUUUGACGCUUUCAGAAAAGAUUGUCUACGGGCAUUUGGACGACCCUCAACACCAGGACAUUGAGCGUGGAACUAGCUAUCUGAAGCUCCGACCUGACCGUGUUGCCUGCCAGGAUGCGACUGCACAGAUGGCUCUUCUUCAAUUCAUGUCCGCAGGAAUGGACACUGCAGCUGUUCCAACUACAGUUCACUGUGACCACUUGAUUGAGGCUCAGAUUGGUGGCGUAAAAGACUUGGCCCGUGCGAUUGAUAUCAAUAAGGAAGUCUAUGAUUUCUUGGCUACCGCCACAGCUAAGUAUGGUCUCGGUUUCUGGAAACCCGGUUCUGGUAUUAUCCAUCAAAUCAUUUUGGAGAACUAUGCAUUCCCUGGUGGUCUCAUGAUUGGUACUGAUUCGCACACCCCUAAUGCUGGUGGUUUGGGUAUGGUUGCUUGUGGUGUUGGUGGAGCUGAUGCUGUUGAUGUCAUGGCUGGAAUUCCUUGGGAAUUGAAGUGCCCUAAGGUCAUUGGUGUCAACCUCACUGGCAAGAUUGGUGGCUGGACAACUCCCAAGGAUGUCAUAUUGAAGGUAGCUGGUAUUCUUACGGUCAAGGGCGGAACUGGUGCUAUUGUCGAGUAUCAUGGGUCUGGUGUCGAGUCUCUCUCUUGCACUGGUAUGGCUACCAUCUGCAACAUGGGUGCUGAAAUUGGUGCAACGACUUCGCUCUUCCCAUUCAACCGUCGCAUGGUGGACUACCUCAAUGCAACCAAGCGCUCUGAAAUCGGUCAAUACGCUCAACGAUUUGCUCACAACUUGCAAGCUGAUAAGGGUUGCGAGUAUGAUGAGAACAUUGAAAUCAACUUGUCGGAACUUGAGCCCCAUAUCAACGGACCUUUCACUCCUGAUCUUGCUACUCCUAUCUCUAAGUUUGCUGAGGAGGUGAAGAAGAACAACUGGCCACAAGAACUCAAGGUUGCUUUGAUUGGAUCUUGCACAAACUCUUCGUACGAGGACAUGUCGCGCUCCGCUUCUAUCGCCAGUGAGGCUGCGAAGCACGGACUCGACGUGAAGAGCAAGUUUACUAUUACUCCAGGUUCCGAGCAAGUUCGUGCUACCAUCGAUCGUGACGGUCAAAUUGGUGCUUUCGAACAAGUCGGUGGACUCGUUCUCGCUAACGCAUGUGGCCCUUGCAUUGGUCAAUGGGAUAGACAGGACGUCAAGAAGGGCGAGGCAAACUCUAUUAUCACCUCCUACAACCGUAACUUCACUGGCCGUAACGAUGCUAACCCCGCUACACAUGCCUUCGUUGCAUCUCCCGACAUUGUUACUGCCUUUGCUUUUGCCGGCGAUCUCACUUUCAAUCCUUUGACUGACUCUCUCACCGGUUCUGACGGCAAACCUUUCAAGUUCUCCGACCCAACUGGCAAUGAACUCCCUCCUCGUGGUUAUGACCCCGGUCAAGACACCUUCCAGGCCCCUCCCGCCAACCGUGAGAGUGUCUCCGUCGCCGUUGACCCCAAGAGUGACCGUCUUCAGCUGUUGAGCCCCUUCCAACCAUGGGAUGGCAAGACUCCCGCCGACUUGCCUAUUUUGAUCAAGGUUAAGGGCAAAUGCACCACCGACCACAUCAGUGCCGGAGGACCAUGGCUCAAAUAUCGCGGACACCUCGAAAACAUCUCCCAGAACUGCCUGAUCGGCGCCAUUAACUCCGAGAACGGUGAGGCCAACAAGGUCAAGAACCAGAUUACUGGUGAAUACGGAGCCGUUCCCCAAACUGCCGCUUACUACCGUGAGAAGGGCAUCAAGUGGGUUGUCAUCGGAGACCACAACUAUGGUGAAGGUUCUUCCCGUGAGCACGCUGCUCUCGAGCCCCGUUUCCUCGGCGGUCUUGCCAUCAUCGUCCGUUCGUUUGCCCGUAUCCACGAGACCAACUUGAAGAAGCAGGGUAUGCUCGCCUUGACUUUCGCAAACCCCGAAGACUACGAGAAGUUGCAACCUACCGACAAGGUCGACAUCUUGGGCUUGGAGUCGUUCGCACCUGGCAAAAACCUUACUCUCUUGGCUAAGCACGCUGACGGUAGCAAGGAUGAAAUUCCUCUCGCCCACUCUUUCAACGAAGGUCAAAUCGAGUGGUUCAAGGCUGGAUCUGCUCUCAACUUGAUGGCAGCCAAGGCUAAGCAAUAAAUGUUUUGAUAGAUGGGUUCAUACAGGAUAAGAUGAGAGUUUGCUCUUCAUCGCUUUCUCAGUUAUAUUAUCGGAUGUUUUUCUCAUCUGUAUUUGUUUUGCCACUUUUGUGAUCAUGCUUCGAAUCUUUACAACAUCGAUGAUCCAUGUAAUGAACAGCGAAAAAUGAAAAGGCAUCUGAUGCUGCACACUCAA